UGGCCAGGCACUGGGACAAUUUUCCAGUGGGGAAGUGGUGGAGCAGUUACUGGGAAGGGAAUUGAAAACUGUGCUGGCUGCUGGUGCUCUCUAGAUACCAAAAAUGAGUUCCAUGCUGGUCCAGGCCAUCAGAAACCUCCCUGUGUCCUCAGCAUGGGCUGCCCGGGGCUUUGCUCGGUCGCUCAGCUGCUCUUCACAGUUACAAGCUGCAGUCCAGCCUAAGAGUAAGAAGACCUUAGCCAAAAGUGGUGUAAAGAAUAUUGUUGUGGUGGAGGGUGUCCGUAUCCCAUUUUUGCAGUCUGGCACCUCGUACGCGGAUCUUAUGCCACAUGACUUGGCAAGAGGAGCACUGCAGGGCUUGCUGAACCGGACCAGUGUCCCAAGGGAUGUUGUUGAUUACAUUGUUUAUGGCACUGUUAUCCAGGAGGUGAAAACAAGUAAUGUUGCCAGAGAGGCUGCCUUGGGAGCAGGUUUCUCUGACAAAACUCCAGCCCACACAGUCACUAUGGCUUGCAUUUCUUCAAACCAGGCAAUGACCACAGGCGUGGGGCUGAUUGCGGCUGGACAGUGCGAUGUCGUCGUAGCAGGGGGUGUGGAGUUCAUGUCAGAUGUUCCCAUUCGUCACAGCAGGAAGAUGAGGAAGACUAUGCUGACUCUUAACCGAGCAAAGACCUUGGGCCAAAAGCUGUCCCUGAUUUCCAGAAUUCGCCCUGACUACUUUGCCCCUGAGCUGCCAGCUGUGGCAGAGUUCUCCACCAGUGAGACCAUGGGGCACUCGGCCGAUCGUUUGGCCGCUGCCUUUGGCAUUUCCCGUUUGGAGCAGGACGAGUAUGCUCUCCGUUCACACACCCUGGCUAAGAAAGCCCAGGAUGCAGGUUUGCUCCUUGACGUGGUGCCCUUCAAAGUGCCAGGCAAAGAUACAGUUACCAAAGAUAACGGGAUCCGUCCUUCCUCAAUUGAGCAGAUGGGCAAACUGAAGCCAGCUUUUGUGAAGCCCUAUGGAACUGUCACAGCUGCCAACUCCUCCUUCCUGACAGAUGGUGCCUCUGCAGUUCUGCUGAUGUCUGAGGAGAAGGCUCUGGCAAUGGGAUACAAACCGAAGGCCUACCUGAGGGACUUCGUGUAUGUGUCCCAGGAUCCAAAGGACCAGCUGCUGCUGGGACCGACGUACGCUACUCCCAAAGUGCUGGAGAAGGCUGGUCUAACCAUGGCUGACAUCGACGUCUUUGAAUUCCAUGAAGCUUUUGCUGGGCAGAUACUGGCUAACCUGAAGGCCAUGGAUUCUGACUGGUUUGCACAAAACUAUAUGGGCAGAAAGUCAAAGGUUGGAACCCCUCCUCUGGAGAAGUUCAAUAACUGGGGUGGGUCCCUCUCGCUGGGACAUCCUUUCGGUGCCACCGGCUGCCGUCUGGUCAUCACUGCUGCCCACAGACUGCAGAAGGAGGGAGGACAGUAUGGCCUGGUGGCUGCCUGUGCUGCAGGAGGGCAGGGGCACGCGAUGAUUGUGGAGCUUUACCCUCAGUAACAGGACAAGGGACUGUGGAGCAGCUGUUUGUGUGUCCUGUGCCUGGCAAUGCCAUUUCAAUGCACUAAUAACAUACAGUCCUUCUUGGGAAGGAGUUUUGGUGGCCUUUGUAAAUACCAUUUAGCUACUAAGCUGGUAAUUUUCAUCUAAUGAAGACACUCUGAGAAAUACUCCAGGAGAAUAGAAAUUAAUGUGGCUCUUAGUCUCUCCAGCGUCCUUGUAAACUCUGAUUUCCACUGUAGCUCUUCAAUAAGCUGAAGAAUGAUGAUUCCAAAGCUGUGUAUGGAGAAUUAUGGAGAUGAGAAGUACUGGAGGUUGGUGGGCUGAGAUACGAGUUAAUGUGUCCUUGCAGCGAGUAACCAUGUUCAGAAAUGGGUUCAAAGUGACCUGGUUUGUAUGGAGGAUGUUUGCUGCACGAUGUCCAAACAGAAUUUGAAUGAGCAAAUUACUUCUGACAAAUGAGUGUCACUGAUCUAUAGCCACAAUAAACCAGGGGGAAAAAAAAAAAAAAGAAGUUUGGCUUUUUUUUUUUUCUCUCCCCUUGCCUGAAAGAUGUGGGGUUGGUUACUGUGGUGUUUGUCAUGGGGGCUGUGUGUUCUGAGGUGGCACCAGGCACCUGCUCUCUGAAAUGGGAAACACUGCUCUGAAAGCUGCCCUGUACCCACCUGGAGCUCCAGAGCCCCAAGGAAUCACCAAAAUAAAUGCUUUUGAGACCUUUUUUGGUAA